AUGGCAAUAUUCGGACGUGAACCAGUACUCAGUGGUAAUUCGAAAUCCUAUAUAAAGCUUGGCUGGGUUCGAUGUAUCAGAGAUGCGGAGCCGUUGGACACUGAAGAGUCCAUAAGGAGAUACAUGAGAUGUCAGAUUUUCUAUAUGUUAGGGUCGACCCUAUUCACAGAUAAGUCGACCGCAUACGCCCAUGCGAAGUAUCUACCGUUGCUUCACGAUUUCGAGCGCAUCCAUACUUAUAGUUGGGAGUCAGCAUGUCUCGCACAUCUUUACAGAGCACUAUGCCGUGCAUCACGAUAUGAUACGAAGGAGAUGGAUGGCCCUCUUAAUCUGUUGUUUGUUUGGGCAUGGAAGCGAAUGCCGUGUAUUGUGCUCAUACCGAAACAUAUCCUUCCACCUGCUGAGAUAACAGUGGCCAUGAGGUGGAGUCAUUCGGAACGGAUCACAGCUUGGUUAUCGAAUACCGUAGUGAUAUUUAGCCAUGAUAUAGACUACAUGCAGGAGUUUGAGUGGUGGCCGUACGAAGGAAUGAUCAUACCCGACGAGUUACAUGGACAUCUUGAUGUGUGUGAUACUCGAAUUGACUCAUGCCGGUCUGAGAUCAUUCCCACACCAUCUUUUCUGACAACAUGCAUUCGCAGAUUCCUGAGAAAGAAGUGUCACGCAUCAGUUGUCUUCCCUUCCACCAAGGCAAACGCGAUAGACACAAUGUUCUGGUUCACAUCCUGUGCAAUAGCGACCAGAAGUGUACCUUUGUACUUUCCAUAUAGGUGUGUGCCGUCAACCUAA